ACAAGUGAAAUUCACUCCGAGUUUUUGAGCUUAAUUGAAAUAUCUGAACACUGUAAUGCUGAAAAUAUGCAUGCAGCUAUCAUUGGUUGUUUGGAAAAUGACCAAAACAAGUACUCUGUGGAGAAAAUUGUGGGAUUUAUAUUGGACAGGGCAAUGCUAGCCCAACAUGAAAGCAUUUAGACGCGACUGAAAGAUCGCUAUGGUGAUUUAUUCAUCCAGCAUCAUAUCACCGAUCACCAAACCUUAAUGGCUAGAGACACUGAAUCAGUCAUACCUGACUUUGUGGAAGAUAUGAUCAAAGUGACACUUAGACAUUUCAGUGGGGCUAUGAGAAAAAAAGAGUUUAGACAGAUCUGUGACCUGAAUGAAGAGGAAUAUUCAAGUCUGGUUAGCUACAAAAAAAUUCGCUGGUUAAUUUUGGCUGCCUGCGUUGAGAGGUUCGAGCUCCUGUGGGAUGCUCUAGUGCAAUACUUUGAGAGAGAGCCAUUUGGGAAUGGGUUGCCAAAUUAUAGAACAAGUUGCCACAAUAUCUACGACAUGCUACAGUCUCCUAAAUUCAUUCUGUGUAUCAGUUUCCUGAAUUGGGUUUUGCCACUUCUCACAGCAAUGAAUUUGGCACUGCAGAAAGAGAACUCUGAUCUGUACAACGCAUACUGCUCUCUGCAGAAGUACUGCAACGUCAUUUUGAAGCCGUUGAAACAGCCUUCAAAUGAGGAUUCUAUGCUGGAAUCUUUUGCAUCUCCAAGCAACCUUUCUAUCCCUAGUGCCAAGGCCACAAAGAUGCUCAGGGAGUAUGGGGAGCAGCACUACUUGCCAGAAACAGAGAUUGCUUGCGUAAAAGCAACGUUAAUUGAAUAUGGAAAGAAACUUGAGCAGGCAUUCAAGGCCAGGUUUCCUGAAAAAGACUUGGUGAAAUGCAUGCUUUACUUGGACCCCUGCAAACAAAAGCCACCACUCAAUAAAAAAACUUUCAGCAAAAUGUACAAAGCACAUUGACUCUAGCAAGGUUGAAAUGCACUAUACAUUGUUCUGUGAGGAUGACGCGGUCAAGAUACUUUUCAACUCAGACCGCUGUGGCAGUAACUUUAUAAAAUUAUGGUGUCUUUUGUUUAAGUCAAGUGAGAGUGACUACGGUGACCUGGCAAGGCUUUCACUUCUUUUAUUGAUGCUGAACCCUGACGCACGUUGCUGUGAACGAGGCUUCAGCCACAUGAACUCAAUCAAAACAUCCACAAGGAAUUGCCUUGAGAACUGUCAGGUUGAUGCCUGUCUACAUAUUGCAACUUCAACAAGGAGCACAAAGGACUUUGAUGUAGCUGCAGUGGUGAGGUACAUUCAAAAACACUAAAGAUCUAGGAAGCUGGCUCAGUUCUGACAGAUGAAACAUGGAAGCAGCAGCGUCGGGUCCCAGUUGCUUUUCCACAGUAUUAGAAAGAACACUGCUGGCAGCACAAGUGACCUGCAAAUUCCUGCUAUUGAGAUGUUUCCUACUUUCACAGACGUAUUCGUUCUUUUCUCAGUGCCAGGCUUAGCAUCAGAGUGCAGUCAAACAUGCCUAAAACAUUCAAGCACCUUGUAAUCUUCCCUGACUUUCUGGUAAUGGCAUGGUCUCUCAGGAAAACUCAUUUCAUACCUUAGCGGAGGGGUGGGCAAACUUUUUGGCCUGAGGGCCACAUCGGGGUUGCACAACUGUAUGGAG